UCAGGUGCACGCGCUCAUUGGAUGGCCACGUGCGCGCUAUUUUACCCGCUUCAGCAACGGAUGGUUGUGCAGUAUACGACGUUUUACUGUUAUUUUUAAACUACCGCGGUCUGUGUAUUCAUGGCUUGGAGAGUAAUGUCAAUUUUAGUGUUGUUACUGUUGAGUUGGAUUUGCAUUGAACGGACUGAAGCACAGCAAUUAGAAAGAAUGCACAGAUACCACAGUAGUUUCAGUAGUGACUUGCUAGAUGAACCUGAUGAUGUGGCCUUUUAUCCGUAUCCUGAUAACGAUUAUGACUACCCUAAAAGUAAAAUCACAACACAUUUACGAGAUUUACAUAAUGCUCCUUCUACGGUCGAGUACUUUUCAGACGGUGAUCUGGAUUCAGGAGACGCGGUGGGACCUGCUCUUAUUAAAGAAAUUUAUAAGGUUCCUUUGCCAAAGAAAUCAUCUGAAGGAUUUGCAGUCUUCUGCUCUGACGAGAAAAUGACUGUGAGGCUGCCUUCUGGGCCAAAGGAAAAAAUCAAAGUGCAGGGAUCUGAAGGGCUUAUACCUGUAGUAGCGCUCGCUGGGUCUUGUGGGUAUUCUAUGAAAGAGGGUCUGGAGCACAAUACCCUGACCAUCUCCUUUAAGGGCUGUCAUGUCACUCGUAAGAAAGGACGGUACACUGUGAAGCUGGUUUAUUCGGCCUUUGAUGGACAAAAUGGUGACGUUGACGCAUUCUGUACCGAUGGACUGCCUUCCUCCGAAACUGCUUUGGCACAGCUGAGGAGGCCGCAGUCAGAUGAACCUUUGCUGCAGGAUAUGGCCAGACGGGGGCCGUUUAUUUCAAUGUGCCGUAGCACUAGUGCUCCUGUUGAAGAAGCACUGCUCACUCCCGCCACACUGCCCCAGUGGCUGCCUUGGGGUGGGAAACUCAAUUCUGACGUUAAAAUAUAUCCAGGUCCCACUGACAAUGACGUACCCAGUGUCUUGAGUAAAAACGUGCCAAAAGUGGGCUGCAAGAUCCCUCCGAGUCAUCGUUUACCUUGCGGUCCCUCCGGGAUUUCUGCGUCUUUCUGUUCGGCUAAAGGCUGCUGUGUGGACCUUAAGACGUCCACUUGUUUCUAUCCCAUGGAUGCAUGCACGGCAGACAAGAACUUUGUGUUUGCUGUUGGCCGUACUGAGAAGCCGUAUCCCGUGGACCCCUCCAACUUGGUGGUAGCGGGAAAGGACAGAUGCUCUCCAGUUGUACGGUCCCGUGACUUUGCGAUCUUCAAGUUCUCAGUGACUGAGUGUGGGACUCGUUCUUAUAUGCUGGGGGAUACAGUGGUGUAUAUGGCAGAGAUACAGUCGAACAUUAAAGUGUACAACCUCAAAUAUGGAGCCAUCACGCGCGACGCUUAUUUUAGGUUAUUGGUAGAAUGUCGCUACUCGAAGAGUGGUGCUUUGGGCGUGCCUUUCUUCAUUACCUCUGGGUAUGUGGUGAGAACUCCUAGCUGGCCCUCGACUGUGACAUCUAGUGGAUUGUAUAAUGUACAGUUGAGGAUCGCGACAGAUCAGACAUACACGAAGUUCUAUUCUCAAGAUCACCUGCCCCUCAAAGUUCUGCUUGGAAAGUCUGUGUUCUUGGAGCUGUACCUGGGUACCAGUGAUGGCGAUGCAGUGCUCUUGGUGCAGUACUGUGUUGCUUAUCCUCGCUCAGCAACAAAUGCUUUGGUCCUAAUACACGAAGGAUGUCCCAAUAAACUGGAUGGCUCGGCCACCGUCCUUUAUGGCAAAGGCCUGCCUCAGGCCAAACAGCGGCGUCGCUUUCAGAUCAAAACUUUUCAGUUCUUAGAUCUGAAAUCCAAGAAGUUCCUAGACGAAGAGAUCUACUUCAUGUGCCACGCUGAAGUGUGUUUACCCUCUGAGAGAUCUUGUGACGAACGUUGCUUCGGUGAAGCAUAAACCGUGGACCAGAAAGUGAGAUUAUGAAUUCCUCCCCUGUUGUAGUUCAUGUUUGGUUAUUUUGAAGUGUUAAUAAACUUUUACCUCUGGUUAA